GUGACGCGACGGAUUCUUCGAUUUUGAGGGGGCAGUUGCGACACUUGUUAUUAUGAAAAAUUGGGGAAGGGGAGGAAGGAAGGAAGGAAGGGGACCAUGAACCAUGCCACAACUCACUUCAAGCAUGUCACAACCUCAAAGCAUGCUACAACCUUCACAAAGCAUGUGCCACAACCACAAAGCAUGCCACAAGUCCACAAAACAUGGCACAAGUCCACAAAGCAUGCCACAAGUUUAUAAAGAAUGCCACAAGUAGUUGACAUGUUUGUAAAUUUGAAAAGGUUAACGUGCCAAAAUGUAAGGGAAAAUUUUCAAUAACUCAAAUGUAAUUUUCCAUCGAUAUUUUUAGGACUCGAAUGUAAACAAAAAUAAGGUACUAAAUAUAAAUAACUAUUAUGUCGUAUAUAGUACUUAUGAGAAAAUUAAGAUAUUUCGCCAUGUUUUUCUCUCAUGGUCUCUCUAAUCUAAUGCAUCCUCUGGCUUAAAGUUUAGAAAUAGAUUUAAUAUAUUUAUGAUUCACGUAAUCAUUUUUCUUGUGUACAAUAUUAAUAUAAUAACUUAUUAUGGAUGCAUUCGUUUAUAACAUUUUUAUCCUAUUUCAACAAAUGUCGUGAAAAAACUAGACAUAUGUUGAAGUAAAUCACAUUUUAUUAAAAUUUAAACAACAUUUGUGAAUUUUGAUAGCUUUUACCUAGGUUUAUUCGUUUGAAACUUUAAUUAGUUAUAAAAUAUUUUUAUGGUGUAGAAUGGUUACAUAUCGCCAACCCGACCCAACCCAAUUAGAAACAAACCGUAGGGUUUUAAUCUUUUUGGGUGGGUUUGGGUUUAAUAUUUCCCAAACCGUAGUGCAUGGAUCGGUGAUUAUAAUGGCUAAACCCGGACCACCCGACCCAUGUACACCCCUGACUGUAUGGCGGAUGAAAACAGCCCCCUCCCCCUGAGGUUUUCAGUGAUGAUUUUGCAUAUAAAAGGCAACCCAGGAAACUUCAGCUUUUCACCCAUCUCCUCUCCUUAUUCUUCUUCAAUUGUCUGUUGUGCACCCUACUUAUUUAGAGUUUUUGCGAUUAACGUCACUUUGUAAGUUUAUUUGUAUUACUUUUUGUUGUGAUUUGUAUGGUAUUAACUGAAUUACGGUUUUAUUGCAGAUAGCAAGCCCAAAGUUCACGCUUGGGUUACGGUGGAAUAGUUACACGGAAGAGACCGAAAAGGGGUACAUUACAUCGGUGGUAAUUUUCAUAAAAUGAAGGUCACUACGAGACCGAUGAUUGGAGAGCUCCAUCAAAUGUGUACUGAGGUUACUUGCAUGAGUGACACGAGAAGAGUUGAUUGUAUGAUGUAUCGAUAUCCAAACAGAUAAGGCGGGUCGUUGUGGCAUGAGGAAUUCCUCAUAACCACUCAGGAUGAAGUAGAUGCAAUGGUUGAAUUUUUGAACGUCAACAAUGUUUCCAAAGCAGAGAUGUUCGUUUACCAGGCGGAUCGUUGAGGCAAGAUGCCAUCGUUUUAUGCAAUCAUAUUGGUCGUACCCCUAUAGCGAAUUAUAUGGUAUGCAUCCUAGCGAAAAACUAAACUCUCACCAGAAGUUUAUGGUAUAAUAAAUCUAUUAUAACAAAUAAUUUAAAUAAACAAAAUCAAGGGUUUUUCCAAGUUAUAUACAUAAUUUCGUAAAACAAACAUAUUCAAUUAAUUAUAAAUAACAUUUUAAAUUAAUAAUAAUUUAAAGCGAUACAUAUUCAAAUAUUUGAAAACAUACACAUAAAUCCAUGCCAUUAUUGUGUAAAUCUUAUUGGUUGUUUUCAAUAAUUUAAUCGAAUACAAUGUAACACUCGUUAGACGCUUAGGAAAGGUAUACAUCUCCUUAGAGACACAACUCUUUUGAUAGAAAAAGGGGGGAUUCGAGGAUCGCUUAAAACCCGAUUUUCCCAGGAAAUGGGAGGAUCAUGAUAAUCGCUUAAGAUCCCAUUUUCUUAGACAUGCAUCUCUUUAUAAAGUGUCUAAGUAAGGAUUGCUCCGUUGGCGCUCGUUCUGCCGUUGGAUCGCUCCCUGAUCCGACAGCUCCAAGAAACGUGCCUUCCCUGAGUGGUUCUCAGGCCGACGGCUAGCAUAAACCGUCGCCUCAUAACACGAUUUCUACAUAAACCGCACCUUUGGCGUAUGGUUUUCGAUUAAUGGUGCUAAUUUUGGAAAUUUUAUAGUUUGGAUGGUAUUUGUUUAAUUUUUUUUAAAUAGUGCUUCUAAAUUUUUUUCCCAAAAAUAAAAGAUGACCUUCUUAACUACGUAAUCAACUACCCUAUUGUUUGAAUUUCUAACAAGUAACAACACUGAUUUCUACCUACAGUUCUGCAUUAAAAAAUUAAUUAAAAAAAAAACAAUUUUCCGACCCUCCAAAGUCCAAAGUUGAUUUAUCAUUUAUGAGCCAAGCCAAAACCAUAACCAGUGAAUAUUCCUCUCGACUGCUUCACCUAGCAUACUGACAAAUCACAAGUCUCCUUCCUCUCCCCCCCCGGGAGCCACUGCCACAAACUCCAUCAUUCCCUUUCCGAUUGUAUCCACGAACUGAUUGCGUCCUUUAGGCGUUCGAGUCCAGGAUUCGCAAUGGGAAGGUCGCUUCUCUUCUCUGCAAACAUCUCUCUCAAAUCUUCUUGUCACUCGCCCAGUUGCUCAUUACCCUCCUACAAUCGCUCGUACCAAUGCGUUCCUUUCUCAUUCGAGGGCAAUUCUCACAAUGGGUUCCCGAGAAUUCCCUCCAUUCACGCCAAGCCGGCCCGAAAUCUGUCCACAACGAAGGCAGUGCUAUCGGAGCUUCCUUACCAGAGCCGGUACCCGAAAAUUGGAGCUUCAUCUACCGGACCCAUUCCGCUGAACCAGCUCAUUCAAGUCGUUGAGACUGCCGCCAAGACUGGAGCCGAGGUGGUGAUGGAAGCAGUUAAUAAGCCCCGGAAUAUCACUUAUAAAGGGCUUACUGACCUAGUCACCGACACAGACCAAAUGAGCGAGGCUGCUAUAUUGGAAGUCGUUAACAAGAAUUUCGGAGAUCACCUUAUUCUCGGGGAAGAAGGAGGAGUCAUUGGUGAUAGCCAUUCCGAUUACCUCUGGUGCAUUGAUCCUCUAGAUGGAACAACAAAUUUUGCACACGGUUAUCCUAGCUUUGCAGUAUCCGUAGGAGUUCUCUUUCGAGGAAGGCCAGCUGCUGCUGCUGUGGUGGAGUUUGUUGGAGGUCCUAUGGCAUGGAAUACUCGUACUUUCUCUGCAACUGCAGGUGGGGGAGCUUUUUGUAAUGGUCAGAGAAUUCAUGCCAGUCAAACUGACACGGUGGAACGAUCUCUUCUGGUGACUGGGUUUGGGUACGAGCAUGACGAUGCAUGGUCUACUAACAUUGAAUUAUUCAAGGAGUUUACAGAUGUUAGCAGGGGUGUAAGAAGGCUUGGCGCUGCUGCAGUUGAUAUGUGCCAUGUAGCUCUAGGUAUUGUGGAAGCUUACUGGGAAUAUCGACUAAAGCCAUGGGACAUGGCUGCUGGUGUUCUGAUGGUUGAAGAGGCUGGUGGAACAGUAACAUGCAUGGAUGGCAACAAGUUCUGUGUUUUUGAUAGAUCAGUUUUGGUAUCCAACGGGGUACUCCAUUCAAAGCUUUUGGAGAGGAUUGCACCUCCGACCGAAAAGCUCAUAAGCAAAGGCUUUGAUUUCUCGCCAUGGUUCAAGCCAGAAAAUUACCAUACAGAUUUUUGAAAUGCUCCAUUCAAACCAACCAUAGAAGCAGCAAAACAGGUGCUGCCCUUUGUUGUACCUUUAGACCUGAGCUUUCUGUGUUUAUUUCGUUUUGCAAUACAAGUUUGAUGACUGU